AAAUCGGUCCUCACGAAGUGCUGACACUGGUAUCUCACAGGAAGGUAGAGGAAACAGGUUAGAAACAUACCAUAAAAGUUUCUAAUACGCGAAAUUUUGGGAAACCUCUUGGAAGGAAACUGCUGUCGCAAUGGCAUCAUCCUGUCUACAGAUUUGUGCAUUGCUGCUGGCUUUAGCAGGAUUCACCACAUUACUUGUCACUACCGUGUCCAGCACAUGGAAAGCUUUGGACACUGAGACAGAGCUGGUUACUGCAGACUGGGUUUCUGAAGGUCUUUGGAUGGACUGUGCAGCAACUGCUGUUGGAUCAAAACAGUGCAAGAGAUUCCUCUACAUGCUGAGUUCAGACCCUCACAUUCAGGCAUGCCGUGCCCUGAUGAUUACUUCCAUCCUUUUGGGAUUCUUAGCUGCAGUACUCACACUGCUUGGUAUGAAGUGCACAAACAUUGGGUUGAGUGAUGAAGAUGGAAAAAUGAAGUUUGCUGUCACAGGAGGAUUUCUUUUUGUUUUAGCAGGUCUCUGCUCCAUGGUGGCUAUUUCUUGGUAUGCUGCAAUGGUUACUGCUCAGUUUUUUAACCAACACUACGCUGGAACCAAGUAUGAACUAGGAGAAGCUCUGUACUUAGGCUGGGCUGGAUCUGUCCUUUAUAUACUUGGUGGGAUCUUACUGACCUGUUCAUGCCGAGGGAAGGAAAACCAGAAUUACAGUCCUAAAAAAUAUACGUAUUCAGCAGCCCAGGCAGCUUCUCAGCCACACAGGUACCCCAGGAACUCUGAGACCAUCAUAAGCAACAAGGAGUACGUCUGAGCUUCCAUCCUGUGUCACCUGUAGCGUUAGUGGGUUAUGGACUCAAAUAAGGAGGCAAACUACUUCUUUGUUCUGGUUCCAAGUUGCAAUCAUAUGCCUUAAUUUGGAGCAGAACCAGGAGGAGGUAUGGCUUUCAGUGUAAACAGGAAUGUAAAAAGCUUUCCACAGAAGAUGCCGUGAUGUGAAAUGCUGUGGCAUGAAGGUUUCCUGCGUGCUGGUAAAAUUUAACCAGAGCACAGUAUAUGCUGACACUCGAGAGCAAUGGUUUCUAUUUCAGCUGACUCAAACAUGUGGAACUGAUAGCUGUAUCUGACUGCAAGUUCAUAUGCCUCACAGUUAGAAAUGUGUUGUGUUUUCAUUAAUGUUUAGCUUCCUUCUUUUUUAGCAGCUUAAGCUUUUGACAAGAAAUAAACUUUGUUCCACAGAUUUUUUUACGAGUGGAAACCUCUAAUAAAGA